CCGGGUGGCAACUCCCAAAGAAUGCAGAGUCAAAGCUCUGUAACUCCACUGUCUUGUUACAUGGACCUUCGCCGCGGGACCCAACUGCGCCCCAAUUCCAAUUUCUGAUCAUCUCGGAGCUACAUUCUCUUUGUGUGGACUAGUCAAAUUCCGGAAGAAAGCUUCAUCAUUCAUAAUGGCAGUUCGGAAUUUUCCUCGCAAGUUUUGUAGCGCAUUUCGGCUUUCUACGAGCAAGAACAACAACUUUAAUGAGCGAGUGGACGUUUUCUUUGCUUUCUUUCCGUUCCCAUUUGAAAGGUUUCAAGAUCCCAGGCCAGAGAAAGCUAGUGGAGUUUCCUAGUGGAUGAGUGAAUGAAUUCAGGCAGUACAAGUAAACUUGGUUUGAAAAUCUCUUCGCAUUGGACUGGCAUCUAGUUCUGAGAGAGUUAGAAGAGCUAAGAAACUAAUGAAAUCUUCUAUAUCUAAUAACCUCACGCCUGAAGGCUUGCGCUCUGGGAGAAAAAUGUUUGACCCACAGGAACAUUUUCUUCAAACAUGGAACAAGAUGUUUGUGCUGUCUUGUGUGAUUUCUGUUUCGCUGGAUCCUCUGUUCUUUUAUGUUCCUGUGAUUGAUAAUAACAAGAACUGUCUAAGGUUGGAUAGGAAAUUGGAGAAUCUGGCCUGUAUCUUACGAUUAUUUACAGAUGUAUUCUAUAUUGUGCGUAUUUUUUUUCAGUUUCGUACAGGAUUUAUUGCUCCCUCUUCCCGAGUAUUUGGAAGAGGUGUUUUAGUAGAAGAUUCAUGGGCAAUAGCAAAGAGGUAUCUGUCAUCAUACUUUCUAAUUGACAUUUCUUCAGUCCUCCCACUUCCACAGGUGGUGAUUCUGAUAAUCAUCCCUAAAAUGGGAGGUUCGAGAUCAAUGAAUGCAAAGGACUUGCUGAAGUUUGUUGUUUUAUGUCAAUAUGUGCCAAGGUUUCUUCGAAUCUAUCCACUGUAUAAAGAAGUUACAAGGACCUCGGGCCUAUUCAUUGAAAGUGCAUGGGCGGGAGUUGCAUUUAAUCUCUUUCUAUACAUGCUAGCCAGCCAUGUAUUUGGGGCGUUAUGGUACUUAUUUUCUGUAGAACGGGAAACCCAAUGCUGGCUUGAAGCUUGUAACAAUCAUAGUGGCUGUACCUCUACUUCCUUGUAUUGUGAUGACCGUUUUGAAGGGAACACAUUCCUCAAUGUUUCUUGCCCAAUCAAACCGCCAAAUGAGACACUUUAUAACUUUGGAAUAUUCCUUCAUGCCCUUCAAUCUGGUAUUGUGGAAUCAAUGGAUUUUCCAUCGAAGUUGUCUUACUGCUUUUGGUGGGGCUUAAGGAAUUUAAGCUCUUGGGGUCAAAAUCUUGCUACGACGAGCACUUACACAUGGGAAAACUGCUUUGCAGUUUUAGUUUGCAUCUCUGGCUUAGUGUUGUUUCCGUCACUCAUAGGCAACAUGCAGAUGUAUUGGCUAUCCACAAACACAAGGGUGGAGGAGAUGAGAGUGAGAAGGAGAGAUGUAGAACAAUGGAUGUCACAUUGCUUACUCCCUGAGAAUCUAAGGAAGCGGGUUCGGAGGUAUGAACAUUACACUUGGCAAGAAACCAGAGGUGUUAAUGAACAUAAUCUACUGCAUAAUCUUCCUAGAGACCUCCAACGAGACAUUAAACGCCAUCUUUGCUUGGCUUUGCUAAUGCGAGUUCCAAUGUUUGAAAAGAUGGAUGAACAAUUGCUAGACGCGAUUUGUGCCCGUCUAAAGCCAGUGCUGUACACGGAAGAAAGCAACAUUGUUCGGGAAGGCGACCCAGUCACCGAGAUGCUCUUCAUCAUGCGAGGCAAGCUAUUAUCCAUGACAACAAAUGGUGGGAGAACUGGUUUCUUCAACUCUGAUUUUCUCAUGGCUGGUGAUUUCUGUGGGGAAGAGCUACUAACUUGGGCUCUAGACCCUCAUUCCUCAACCAAUCUCCCCAUUUCAACUCGAACCGUCCGAGCACUUACAGAAGUUGAAGCAUUUGCUUUAAAACCCAAGGACUUGAAACUUGUAGCGUCUCAAUACCGCAGGCUUCACAGCAAACAUCUGCGCCAUAUUUUCAGAUUCUACUCACAGCAAUGGAGAACCUGGGCAGCUUGUUUUGUACAAGCAGCAUGGCGACGCCAUCGAAGAAUGAAGCUCAGAGAGUCUAUCCAGGAAGAAGAGAGUAGAGUGAAAGACACGUUGGCUAAGCUCGAGGGGCGGUCGCCGAGUUUAGACGCCACCAUCUAUGCAUCUAGAUUUGCUGCUAACAUGCUGCUUCAGAAGCCAGCAGAGCCUGAUUUUACCUUGGAAGUUAACACAUAACCAUAGAUUAAAAAGGUGACAUUUUAUUUACAUCUGUUGUUUAUCACUUUAUGUUGCCUCUUGGUUUGGAGAUGAGGAUGUACUGAGCUGCUUGUUCUUAUUUGGAAUGGUUCAUUUUCAUUGUAGAAAUAAUAGCAUUUGCAAUAAUCAGAGGGUACAUUGUUGAAUCCUUCAAGAAAAUAAAGUUGAGUGUACUGCACCAAGCAUAAA